GGAGUGAGUAUGGAAAGUGAUUGACGAAUGUUGCUCUGCUCGCUGUCUGCGAGAAAGCGUCGAUUAAUUUUGUCGCUUUACUAGUGUAUCGUGAAGUGCGUAGCAGGGAAUUAAGCGAACACGACGAAUAAGGAUACCUUUCGACGUGUACCGGUGAAUUUUCGUAGAAAUUUGACGUCUUCCAGUGCAAUUAUUUAAUUAAUAUGGUGACACGUGUUGUACUGUGUGGCGUGAUGGGUUUCCGAUGAACAGCGCUAAGUUGCAGUGGCUAUUCUGUAUCAUCUGACCUGUGAUUUGUGAUGAGAAAUUGGAGAGAAUCUGUAUGCGGAAUUGACGUACCGUUGUACGUACGUUGUCUUGCGUAGUUAACCGAAACUCUCGGUUUGUAAACAGGAAAGGUUACCCAUAUCAGGUGCAGAGCGUUGUCGCUGGAUUACGAACGACCGGCCACAUGGAGCUGCAGCAGCAUCACCACCACGCGGGACUGCUGGCCGGCAACCGUGGAUGCGCCGUCACCGACGAUCCCAGCCUCUUCAUGAAUCUGAAGCUCAAGUGUCACAAGGCACGCAGCCUCUCCGACGCGAUAUCCGUGCAGGGCUUCGACGUUGCCGGUGGCGCCCCCACACCGCAGCCGGAUAUCACUGUCAGCAAGGCUGUGUUGGACACAAAGUACCGAUCUCCGAUCCUUGAAUCUCAGCUGAAGCGCCCUCUGCGCGAUGCGUCGCCGCACGGCGGCACCCCCGCCGAGAACCGCGAUACAGAGAAAAUGGCGGCGGAUGUAGUCGAAUAUCUUCCUGCAGAGAUGAUCAAGAAGGAGAUCCCGGAAGAAUUCCGAGACGACGACGAUGACGUGCAGAUGGAGUGCGAGCUAGGGGCACGGGAGAAAGGGGCAGCUGAGGCUGUGGGAGGAGGCGGAGAGAAGAUACUGAUACCUGUAGACCACCCCUACCGCGACUUUCUCGCUAUGAUACCGGAGAGCCAGCGGUGGAUCAUGGAGCGGCGAUUCUCAGCGCCACCUGCCUGGCCGUAUGUGAACAAUGUGAACAACAAACGUGAAGCGUCCAGCGAGAACCUGUCGCCAGAAUCCAAAUCCGCGGAGUACCACAGCUCUCGUGCGAUGUCCGUGAGUCCGCAGGCACUUGCUGUCGCACAGCAGCAGCUGAUGAUGCAGCACCAUCAGUACCAACAACAGCAGCAACAACAACAGCAGCAGCAACAGCAGCAGCAGAAACCAAAAUCCGUGAAAAUUCAACAGAAACAAAUCGAAGAGCAUAAUAGAUUCAUCGAAGAGCUGCAGAGAAAAAACGACUCGUUUCUGCAUUUGGGGGACGAGGCUAUGAACCUUUCGCGGAGGGAGUGGUGCAUAGAUGAGGCCGAGCUGGAUGAGGAGGAAGACCCGAUGAUAUGCGGAAUCUGUAACGACAAGGCGACGGGUCUUCAUUACGGCAUCAUCACGUGUGAGGGGUGUAAGGGGUUCUUCAAGAGGACAGUGCAGAACAAACGCGUCUACACAUGCGUGGCAGAGGGCGACUGUGAGAUCACGAAGGCACAGAGAAACCGCUGCCAGUACUGCCGCUUCCAGAAAUGCCUGCGUAUGGGCAUGGUCCUAGCUGCGGUACGAGAGGAUCGUAUGCCAGGCGGACGGAACUCAGGCGCUGUCUACAACAUGUACAAGGUUAAAUACAAGAAACACAAGAAGAAGAAUCAGCAGCAGCAGAGCAGCAACCAGCUGAAGCCCGAUCAGGUGGCGCCACCGUACUCUACACAGGGCGCAUUCCCGCACGCGUAUGCUGUUGGACCGCCGCAGCAGAAACCGCAGGCACUUGUUGUGCCAACGGCAGUCAGCGCAGUGACGUUCCCACAGACCGCAGGGGUGACGUGCUUUCAGCCUCCACAACUCAGCCCAUCCUGUCAGAGCGGCAGCAGCGGCGGCGGAAGCAACCAGCAGGCAAGUGUGAUCGUGAAACCCGAGCCUGUGUCAAGCACGAACAUGCGCCUGCCCAGCAUCGUCGUCGGCACGGCGACGAGCGGCGGGGCGGCCGACGAGUCGAAGCAUCAGCUGCAGGAGUCGCUACGCAUGAUCGCUGAGCUGAUCAGCUGUGACACGUUCCGCGACAUCGCCGUUAUCAAGAACAUCGAUCGCAUCAUACAGGCUAACAAGAGCGAUGUGAACACACAGCUGUGUAACAUAGGGGACAACAUGGUAUACAAGUUGGUGCAGUGGACAAAGCGGCUGCCCUUCUACAGUCAACUACCGAUCUCCGUCCAUACACAGCUGCUGAUGCAGAAAUGGCACGAGAUUUUAUCGCUGACAACGGCUGUUUACCAGGCAAAGAUGCGACGACCGGCGCCACAUAUGAACUUCGACCAGCAGGUGGCAGCAUGCAUCAUGGACCUACGGAGGGUGAUGACGCGUAUCUUCGGACGUGAGUUCACUGUCGAGGAGUUGCAAGAGGAGGUUGGGGAGAUGGUCGAGCGCAUCACGCACAUGGCAAUCAUCUUCCGCAAUAUGUCUCUAACAGAUGAUGAGUACGCGUGUCUCAAGGUCAUCAUACUGCUCAAUCAAGACAACUUGCAGCCGAUUCGCGACGCCGAGGUGAUACAGGAGCGCUACGUGAACGCACUGCACACGAUGCUAGAGCACCGGCACCCACAGCAGCCGAACCGCUUCGGCGAGCUGCUGCUGCGUCUGCCCGAGAUCCAGUCAGCGGCGCAGCUGCUCCUGCGCAGCAAGAUGUUCUACGUGCCAUUUCUCCUCAACUCCUGCUGUGGUAGCCCGCCGUGAGGGGCUGGCCGUCUCCACCCUCGCGUGCCUCAGUCUCUCCAUCUAGCAGUCGCUGGGUGGCGCCAUCGGCUCUCGUUAGGUGGCGCCACCAAGCUGUAGUCAAGUGAUGCCGUCGGUGGUUGCAAGGUGGCGUGCCUGCGUGAUCGUUGGCAUGCGAGGGAUAUACUGAUGUAUAUAGUUCUUUGCGCAGAGAGAGAGAGAGAGAGUUCCUGUAUACGUACACAUGUUCAGGAGGUAUUUUUGCAUGCGUUGUUUGUUUGGUGGAUUUCUUCCCGCACCGAUGAUUGCUCAUUCACGAUGUGUAAUUAAUAGAGGGCGUGCGCGAAGGCCACCCCAAAUCACAGAGGAGGUUCGUUGUGGAACGAAGGAAGUGCCGUCGCGACUAGGACGGGCCAAAGUCAUCAUCAUUAGACCAAGCUCAAGAUGUACUGGCGGGGGUCCUAGUGUGCGUGCGUGUUCUUAUGUUUCCACAUUGUGGCCAGUGGCUCGGCGAUUCUUCCUGUUCAUGCAUCUCCGCUGCCUUUGCCUGCCAGGGGGCACCACCAUCAGACAAGGCUGUGAAAGCCAAGCCGAACUGGACACAUUCCAUGCUCAAAGCUGUAUUUUCAAAUGUCAUAUUGCAAUGUGAUCGGGGAACCAGCAGAUAGAGUCGGAGGGUCAAGGACAUCUCAGGGUCGCCAGAUGGUCAAGGACAUCUCAGGGUCGCCGGGUGGUCAAGGACAUCUCAGGGUCGCUGGGUGGUCAAGGACAUCACAGGGUCACCGGAGGGUCAAGGACGUCGUUUGAAGGUCGUGGACUCGCCAUGCUCCAGCUGAGCGAAGCAGCUUGUAAAUAUGAUUCUAGUCGUGUGUACCGGCGCGACGGUACUCGUUCACCCAUCAUUGCUGGCUCGGGCGCUUGCCACGACCCCACCCGGUAGGCACCCCGCCUCCCCCGUUACCAGUCCUACGACCCCUCUACUUUACGCUGCAACCCCCACACAUGCUACGGCGUUUGCACGGUAUCCUACAGUAAAUGGCGCUGUUUGUCUCACUACAGAUCUGUAGGCAAGCAGAACCGAAUGUCUAUAAUUUAUUGCAAUCACUGUGUGGCUGGAGUAGAUGUUUUAGUGACUCGUCUAUACUAUAAUGAGUCAACGUGUGUGUGCGCGCGUGUGUGUGCAUGCGCAUGAGUGUCUGUAUGUAUAGCACAUUGUGAGCACGCAAGUGUUUGCAAAAGUAAAAAUGUGAUCCUUGGAGUGAACAUUAUUUUGUAUAUCGUAGCACCAGCAGUGAGAUCAUGCGUGUAGGCGUCUUACUUGUACAUACGUAUAUAUACACGUAUCAUCUUACUCCUUAUAACAUACAUGUACGUGUUCUCGUGCUAGGACAUAGUAGACAUGUGCAAACUGUAUCGGCGUCGUCCCAAAGCACAUGUGUACAUGAUUAUGAGAACUAUCUACUGUUCUUGGACGAGUACACAUGAGUAGAAUGCCGCUUAAUUAUGUGCAUCAAUUUCGUAGGUCAGAUGUAGUGUGCCUGCGUGUGUGUGUGCGCGCGGGCGUGCGGAGCUUUGUGUAGAUAUUUUUUGUUGUAAAUUAUAUGUCGUUUGUUUUUUUCGUUUCGGCAGGAGACAGUUUCUCCCAAUAGAAAACUGACAUGUGGUAGUGGUAGUGGUAGUGGAGUGGUAGUAGUAGUAGUAGUGUAGCAGUAGUAGAGCAGAAGCAGCAGUAGUAGUAGUAGUAGUAGUAGUACCGGUAGUGGUAGCAGCGGCGAUAGCAGCAGCAGUAGUAAGUGUAGUAGUAGAGCUAGUAGACCUAACUAUCAAAGACAUUGUGAUCAAUACCUAGGCAGUGGUAGUGUGCGGUGCGUGCGUGCGUGUUUGCGUGUGUAUUCGUUUGUAUAGAAUGUCUGGCCCCGCGCCAUUGCAUGGCAUGUCCCUCCUCUCUCCGCCCUACCCGUUUUCUCCUACCAAAGUGUCUCUUUUCACCACCAGAUACCUACCUGUUCACGCCGGCGUCUGGUUAGCUGUGGGGAACGCGAUUGAAGGAUAUUUUGGCAUAGAUUGAAUGGGUUUUGACUUUUCUUUCUUGACGCAACAUGAAACUUUCCGCGCGUCCGGGCUUGACUCGUGUUGUUUGACAUGCUAUGCCAUGUUACCAUGAGUUACAUAAUCGUAGUAUCUGUAUACGUUUUUACGAGAUUAUUAUCUCUCUGUAUGUCAUUCCUGAUAUGGUAUACGGUUAUGUGUCAUGCUACACCAGCGGUUCUUAACCUGGGGUCGUGACCCCCAAGGGGUCGUUUGGGAUUUUUCCGGGGG